GCCUGCGUGGAUCAUGGAGUUGUUUGAAGAUCAUCUUACACUGAACUGGGGAAGGCAAUGAUGCUGCAGCUUGACCACAGUUAAAAUAUGGGGAAUGUGGAGAGUCAAAAUGGUGACAGUGGUUCCUAUGGCGACAGAGCAGGGCAUCUCUCCCGCAAACACACAUCCCGCUCACUCCGCCUCCCCAACAAGCAGCUGGUCACCCGACGCCCAAGGCACUCCUCGUCCGGGACACAGAAACACAGAAACUCUGAAACCUCGACCCGCUCCUCCAGCACACCGAGCAUCCCACAAUCCUUAGCGGAGACCGGGCCGGAGCUUUACAAUGCAGGAGAUGAGUUGGGAGACUUCAGUCUCAACCCCCACUGGACGCAACGUGUUGCUAUAACGAUGAGGCCCGAGUCCUAUCAGCACGAGGAUGAACCUUUGACCACACCGACUCCUGAAACUUCAGAGGCAUACACACUUGCUCAGGAUGGAGGAGACUUGAUGGGUGGAGGAGAGGGCGACAAGGAGGGAACGUACCUACAGCGAAUGAACGAAGGUCCUCGAGAUGGAGGGAAUUUUAAAAAGAACAGGUCAAAGUCGGCAGACAUGUCAAGAGAAGACAGUUUGGAGUUUUCUCUGUACGACUGCAGCCAGGACAACCUGACCAGCACUGAGGACAUGAUCGAUGGAGGAGAGGAGGAGGAGGAGGAAGAGCAGCUGUGUCCCAGAGGCAGCACAGGCUCAGCUGAAAGGGCUUCUUCUCUGGACCAUCUGUGCAGCCAGAAGAGUCCUGGCCUCCUGGGCCAGAGGAUUCGUCGUGUUAAAAAUCGCAGAGAAGCUGAGUGCAACGGAAAGGGAAAGGGGGAAAGUGAGUUGUUGUCUCCGAACGAGGAAGAUGGUGGAGGGUAUGCAGCGUUCACGCUACCCUGUCGACGGUCUCACUGCCUUUCUGAGGGGCUCUCAGGGCUGGGGAUCCCUGCUGCUCCGUGCCCAGCCUUCCAGGGACGACGUGCACAGACUACUCAGGACAUCUCAGGUGUCCUGGGAGAGGGAAGUGAGUAUAGCGACAGCGGAAUUGAUGGCAUCGCCACAGAGAUGGAUGCAGACGGAGACCUGGUUUCCCGUAGGUGCAAAGCCAUGUCGGCCUCUUUCUCAGUCUACUCUGCCCACGAGAGCAGUAUUUUCAAUGGGAGUGACAGCGGUAGCAGCAGUGCCGGUGGAGUAGAAGGACGAGCUGGCGAAGGAGGCAGGGGAGGGGUGUAUGAGAACUUCCGAAAGGAACUGAACAGUCAAAACUGGGGCCGGGACUGCAUGGAGGAGGCCAGCUCCGCUGUCAGCGAUGAGCAGAGUAGCGGGACACUCAGCAGUGCCUAUCCAUCCGAGUCUGUGAUUGAGUGCGCUCAAGGCACAGUCAGGAAAGCUGGUGCUUUGUCUGUGAAGAAUUUCCUGGUCCACAAGAAGAACAAGAAGGUGGAAUUUGCAACCAAGCGAAAGUGGAAACACUACUGGGUGUCUCUAAAAGGCUGCACCCUUUUUCUGUAUGAAUCAGAUGGUCGCUCGGGCAUUGACCACAACAGCGUUCAUAAACAUGCACUGUGGGUGGAGAACAGCAUCGUCCAGGCUGUGCCUGAACACCCCAAGAAAGAUUUUGUCUUCUGCCUCAGCAACUCUGUGGGAGACGCUUUCCUUUUCCAGACAUCUGGCCAAACUGAACUGGAGAAUUGGAUCACGGCGAUCCACUCGGCAUGCGCCACAGCUCUCGCUCGGCAGCACCACCGGGACGACACGGUGAGACUGUUGCGGACGGAAAUCCGCAAGCUCGAGCAGAAGAUUGAUAUGGAUGAGAAGAUGAAGAAGAUGGGAGACAUGCAGCUGUCCACAGUCACCGAUGCCAAGAAGAGGAAGACCAUUCUUGAGCAGAUCUUCUUAUGGGAGCAGAACUUGGAGCGGUUCCACAUAAACCUCUUCCGCUGCCGCUGCUAUCUGGCCAGUCUGCAAGGCAGCGAACCUCCAAAUCCCAAACGCCUCCUUGGUUUUGCUUCACGUCCCACCAAACUGAUCAUGGGUCGCCUUGGCAUCUUCUCAGUGUCUUCUUUCCAUGCACUGGUUUCUGCUCGUACUGAAAGUAGCAUCAGGAAGAGAAACCAGGCCUUGCCACGUACCUUCAGCAAACGCCGCAGCCGUUUCUCCUCCCUCUGGGGUCUGGACACCGUCUCCAAGAGGAAAAGCAAAGCACAUCCUUCAAUUGACCAGGUAUUUAAAGAUCAGCUAGAACCUGUGAGAAAACCCCUGGAACGCACGUUUGAAGAUUCUGCCAGUGAGAAAUCUAAGAAAACCGAAAACUCAGUGAAAAGUAUUCCCAACCAGACGGUGGACAGUGAUAUUUGGGUUCCCGACCACCUGAAACCCUCCUGGGUGUGUCUGCCGAACAAUCAGCCCAUCCUGGCUGUUAUACAUCCAGGUGAAACAGCAAUGGAAGUCCUGAGCUCCGUCUGUAAGACCCAUAAGAUUGACCCCUCUGGACACUACCUGCGUGUAAAGGUUUGGGUUGAUGACCAAACGCUUUUUUACGUUCCCAUAUUUGAAGAAGACAUCUCUGAUUUUGAGAAAUGA